GCGAAGUCGUAGCCUCCUGUGUCGCCGAGUGGAUGUGUCGGAGCCACGUGCGUGCACCAUGUCGGGCAAGAGGAGCAGUACGAGAGGCUUUCAAAAAGCCCCUGACCGUAGGGACAAAAACGAACAGAGUUCGCAAAGGCCAGAGCAGUAGCGCGAACCCGAGCCAACGGAAAUUUCGUGAUGAAGCGAAGAGCAAAGUGUUCGGAGCGUUCCCUCCUAAAGGCGCUGGAACACUGACAGUGGAGAAACUUCAGCAGCACAAUGGCUGUGCUUAUGAAGAUUCUGUGGUUGGGGCAGACGAUGCAGUGGAUAAACUCAGCAUUGCCGAGACUGAAAGCAAUCGCACUGCUGAAUCGGACUGGACUCUUGGCUCUAUUGUGACAAUGAACAGACUACUUCACAAGUGGGACCCAACGUCGGAACUGCACAAAGAGAUGUUAGCAAUGUACAAUGCAUCAACUGAGAUCAUAAAGACCAAGGGUGGUCAGCAGACUGAUACUGAGUACUUUGCUGUUCUGAUGACAACACUAGAAGCUGUUGAUGCUGAUAUUUCGAGAACAUCAGCUGCUGCUCUGCUAGCAAUUUUUGCCAAGAGGGUGCCUACUGCUGUUCUUAGGAAGAAGUUUUCUUGGAUAACAACCAUGUGCAUAAACUUCAUGCAAUCAUAUGCACAGUCCACACAUGUCAUGCUGCUUCGUAAUCUGCUGUGCUUGCUGACUUCAUGUUUGAAGUCGUUGGACCUGGCCUCGUGGAGUGAGUCAUCUACGCUGCAAGUCUUCAGCUUCAUGUUUCCGUACAUUGUCCAUAGCAGGCCUAAGCUUCGCAAGUUUGCUCAGAAGCUCAUCUGCAGCAUCCUGACAAGCAGCAGCAUCAUGUCUGUACCUGAUGCUCCACCUACACAUCCUGCAGUACCUGCUCUUGUUUCCUUCUGCCUUCCAGUCAUAAAGUCAUCGGCAG